AUGGACAACUGGCCGCUGGUCGGCGUGGCGGCCCUCGCGGCGCUGCUGUAUCCGCUCUACCAGAUCUUCCUGCACCCCCUGAGCCGGUACCCAGGCCCGCUGCUCGCCAAGCUCACCGACUACUGGCGGUUCCGCGACGUGCGCAGCCGCCGGAGCCACCUCACGCGCGUGGCUCUGCACGAGCGGCACGGCCCCGUGGUGCGCGUCGGCCCCAACAUGCUCAGCAUCGCCGACCCGGCCUACAUCCCCAAGAUCUACGGCCCCGGCCAGGGCUUCCUCAAGAGCCCCUUCUACCAGCCCUUCGAGGGCUGGGUCGGCGAGAAGAUCGGGUACAACCUGUUCACGACGCGCGACCCGGCGUACCAUGCGGCGCUGAAGCAGCCCGUAGCCGCCGCCUACGGCUUCAAGUCGGCGCUCGAGUUUGAGCCUAUUGUCGACCAGUGCAUCGAGACCAUGGUCCGCCGCAUCGACGAGCUGAUCGUGCAGGCCAAGGUGAGGAAGGCCUGCGAUCUGGCUGGCUGGAUGCAGUACUAUGCCUUUGACGUCAUGGCCAUCAUGACCUACGGCAAGGCGUUCGGCUUUCUCGAGCGCGGCGAGGACGUCAACCACAUGAUCGCCCGGCUCGACGCCCGGCUCGACGUCAUCUCGCCCGAAUCGCAAAUGCCCUGGCUGGACUGGCUGCAGCGCAAGAACUGGGUCGUCAACAUCUUCCGCGACCGGACGAACCCGUUCGCGACCAUCGCGGCCUCGCUGAUCCGCGACCGGCAGGCGGCGCUGAUCGCAACCUCAUCAUCGGAGGACGCGGAAAAGAAGGCGCCGUCGCCGCGGCUCUUCAUCGACCACUUCCUCGACGCGCAGGAGACGCACCCGGCCGUCGUCGACUCGCGCACUGUCGUCAUCUACACCACCACCAACAUCAUGGCCGGCUCCGACACGGUCGCCAUCGCCCUGCGCACCCUAUUCUACAUGGUGCUGCGGCACGCGGGCGUGCGCGCGCGGCUACUGGCCGAGCUCGACGCCGCGGCCCCUGGUCUUACCUUCCCCGUGUCGUGGGAGCAGAGCCAGCGGCUGCCGUACCUCGACGCCGUCAUCCAGGAGAGCCUGCGCAUCCACCCGCCCGUGGGGCUGCCGCUGGAGCGCGUGGUGCCGGCCGCGGGGCUGACCAUGCGCGACGGCUCGCGCGUGCCGGCCGGCGUGCAGGUUGGCUGCCACGCCUGGCCCAUCCACCUGCUCGACCCCGUGUGGGGCCCCGAGCCCAAGCAGUUCCGCCCCGAGCGCUGGCUGCGCGCCGCCGGCGAGUCGGCCGAGGCGCAUGCCGAGAGGGUGGCUGCAAUGAAGCGCACCAUGCUGGCGUUCGGCGCCGGCUCGCGCAUGUGCAUGGGCCGCCACCUCGCCGCCGUCCAGAUCGCCAAGCUGGUGCCGAGCCUACUGAUGAAGUUCCGCUUCGAGCUGGUCGAGCCGCUGCGCGACUGGGAUCUCGUGUGCGGCUGGUUUGUGAGGCAGGCGAACAUGGAUGUUUUUGUCGACAAGAGGUAG